UAUUGCAAUAGAUCCUAAUAUUUUAGUUUUACAAUAUUACGUGGCAGUUUCAUAAACAGCUACACUUAAUGCAAAACACUCAUUGGAGUCCUAACGUGCGCGUGGGUGAAACCAAAGUGUGGAUCAGAAGACUCAACGUCAUUAAAACGCCAUCUGCACUUCCUGGUGCUUUACUCAGGGAUCACUACCAAGGGAACCGAAACGGCAAGUAGCGCGUCAGUGGGAAGCGAGCGAGCGAGCGUGUGUGCGUGACGACAUAUCGCGAAAUGCCGCGGUACUCGCGACCGUGCGUCAGGUAACGGUCAAACUAGAAGGUACGCGAGCGGCACGCGGGGAUUUCGGGGACGGUGUUUUACUUCCCGCCGUGUGUGCGAGCCGCUGCUGACGCGAUGCUGUAGCCAUGGACAGCAGGAUAAAAGAGAAUCCUACGAGGACUUUUGAUUUGCUGCUACAGGUUGCGUGUCCAUCGUCCGAAAAUGAAGAUCCGACAGUGCUGUGGAAGUUCCCUCAGGACUUCGGAGACCAGGACGUCCUGCAGACAGUGCCUAAGUUUUGCUUCCCGUUCGACAUGGAAAGAGUGUCUCAGACUCAGGUGGGCCAGAACUUCACAUUUGUGCUCACGGACAUCGAAAGCAAGCAGAGGUUCGGUUUCUGUCGAUUGACAUCCGGCUGUAGGGUCUGCAUCUGUUUGCUGAGCUAUCUCCCAUGGUUUGAGAUAUACUAUAAGCUGCUAAAUACUCUUGCAGACUACUUAUUAAAACACCAGGAAGAUGACUUGAAUGACAUGUUGGAAACGCUGCACAACCAACCCGUGCCAAAGCCGAACACGCCAGUAAAUCUGAGUGUGCAUUCAGGCUUCAUAGCUCCGGAUAUUAACAGACUACCCACCAUACCUGAAAGUCGAAAUUUAACGGAGUACUUUGUAGCAGUGGAUGUGAACAACAUGUUGCACCUCUUUGCCAGCAUGCUGCAUGAGCGACGCAUCAUCAUUACCUCAAGCAAGCUUAGCACUUUAACUGCAUGCGUGCAUGGAUCCACCGCUAUGCUUUACCCCAUGCACUGGCAGCACAUCUUCAUCCCUGUUCUUCCCCCUCACCUGCUAGACUACUGCUGCGCUCCCAUGCCAUAUCUGAUCGGAGUUCAUCUCAGCCUUUUAGAGCGAGUGAAGAGCAGGUCUCUCGAGGACGUGGUCAUUCUGAACGUGGACACAAACACCCUGGAAAGCCCUACGGACGACUUGCACAACCUGCCCUCUGACGUGGUCUCCGGUCUGAAGAGUAAGCUGAAAAAGCAGUCGACUGCUACAGGCAGCGGCGUGGCUCGGGCCUUCCUGCACGCUCAGGCUGCACUGUUCGGCUCGUACCGGGACGCCCUAAGAUACAAACCUGGAGAACCAAUCAUCUUCUGCGAGAAGAGCUUUGUGGCGCACCGCUCCAGCACCAUGAGAGCUUUCCUUGAGAUGGCCGUGAACUUGCAGCUCUUUAAGCAGUUCAUUGAAGACAGACUGGCCAAAUUAAACGCAGGAAGGGGCUUUACAGACGUCUAUGAAGAGGAGAUCACAGAGGGGGGCUUCUGUAGAAGUAAUUCAAGAUCUUAUCAACAGUGGAUUCACACCAAGAUGCGGCAGAGGGCAAAACCAGUUGUGAAAAACCUUCAGUUGGCCAAAAAUCACGCCAAACGGAAAAUACGUGGCAUGAAGGACAAGAUGACACAAAAGGAUGCUGAAGAAGAGGAAAGCCCAUACUGCGCAGGUUCUCCCACCAGCACUAAAAGCCUCUCGCCCAGGAGGCUUCAGAAGAAAGAGCAUCACAACACAAAAUCACCUCCAAACUUGACUCUCAGCUAUCCAGACGGUUACAGUAACAAUGACGACACGGCCAGCAGAGUAUCAUCUGAGGAUAGCGGUGGGGUGCCGUCAUACAAUGAAGACAGUGAGGAUUCUGAAUUCGAGCCGGAUUGUGGCCAACAAGGUCAGAUGAACCUGCUGGAGGAGAUACUGGAUUCUCUCAGCACGUCCCACAUAGAGGAGGGGAGACUCUCCGCAGCCAAGAGCCUGGACUUCUUCAGAUCUAACGAAGACCUUGACUUUGCUCCCACAAAACACUGCAAGUCCCCAUCAGCAAGCAGCGCCAUUCAGAUCGGUUUCGAAUCAGGAAACGGAGAUCAAGGUGAGUGGAACAUGGGUCAAGAUGACAGCGCCGUCAACGGCAAACAUCUCCCACCUUCGCCCCGACGCCAACCCAGCUCGCGGUCCCUUCCCUUCCAUCCCCCCCUAACUAACGAAGAUUUCUUCGAGCUUCCCCUGAGGAACUCUUUCCCUGAAGUACCCAUAGUUUUGCUCUCUGAACCUUCUGAGGUGGACACCACAAGCUCUCCUACUCUCAACUCGAACACCCAGCUGACCCCUGACCGUCAGCGUCCAACAGGUUGCAGCCUCUCACGGCAGAGGGUCUUUUCCAAAAAGAACCAAAGGCCAUACCAGGACAACAGCCAGCAGCGGACAGCAGGACCCAGAAGCAGGCAGCCUUCCAUGCUUAUACCUUGGGAGAUGGAAAACGUGCAACACGCAGAAAACACACAGGACGAGGAGAUCGAGGAGAAAGGCUUGCUUGAGGAGAUCGAGUCGAUGUGUCGUCUCAGCAUGGCGAUUCCGAACGACCUGGCGCUUACGCAGGUACAGAAAAACACCAGCUUGGAUUAGUCCUGAGAAUAUCACAAAACACUCCCAUGUGGGUUUUUAGAAACGCUCUCAUCUGACUUAGCACCAGCAGUCUGUUUGCAUGAAGGUAUUUUUGUAGUCAUUGUGAAUAGAUGGGUCCUCUUAUUUUCACAUUCAAUUCUAAAUGGUCACUUUGGCUGCAUGGAAAGAACAAAGACAGGGAUUUUUAACAACAUGCAUCCCGUUAUAUUUAUUGUAGCUGUAUUCCAAUUAUAUAACGUUCAACGAUGUGCACUUGAACGACUCGAAGUUUUAAAUCUAUUUAGAUAAAUCACUGUGGAAAUCACUGUCUACGUAUAUUUUACUAAAUCGUACGAAGUAUUUAAACCGACAACUAAUUUACGCUUAAUAUGAUGCCUUAAAACGUUUUUGUUUCGCUUCACGGUAUUUUUAGUCUGUGACUGUAGUUGGCUUGCUCGCUACCGUCACUACUACAUGCAUGUAAAGCAUCCAAAAGAUGAGAUAUUUAUAUAGGACAGAUGGAGAACUGGUUCUUCGUUUGCAUUGUGGGUAAUGAAAUAUAUUUUUGAAAAAUCAUGUACAACUCUCAGGUUUCUGCUUUCCUCCAAGAUUUAUACUUUUAGCUUCACCAGGCCCAAGUGGCAGAUGUAAUAAAAUAAUUAAAUCCCAAUUACUUUCUCUUACCGUUUCUAAUGAAUCACAACGUUACUUUUAACUAUCAUGUUUAAGUCUAAUAGCCUUAAAAAUGACAGCCAACUUAUAUUAAAGUUCUUAAUGUGUUUAUAUUACAACCCUGACAUUUCCUGGACUGUAGCUGCCCAGCAGAAAGAGGAAAAUCUGUUACUAAUAAACCAUUUAAAACCCUUAUUAGCUUCUUACAGAUUCGUGCAAGCCUAAAACAUACUGAAAUAUACGCAGAGCUUUAAAGAUAUGCAAGCUCAUUCACAAGUUGUUGCUUUGUGUGAAAUCAUAUGCAACCAAAUUGCAUUAUCGGAGUUGCCACAAGGGGUGGUGUAGCUGGCGGUAGUGUAAAACUGUCGUUCAAAACAAGAAAAGUUUUAGUUUAAUGGAGUCUCUUCCAUAGAUAUACAUAAUAAAGGCUAGAUGUCUCGUCCGCGUUGCUGGCCAAUGGAGAUCGACUUCUGCACCUGGCGGCCAUCUUGUCGCUCGCUCGCUCGUAACAUUGUUUUAAUACUACAUGCACUUUAUAAAUAAUCAUAAUUUGCUCAAUUUUCUACCAAUUUUUAAACUGUUUGGUUUCUUAUAAACGUCAGAGAUGUACUUACGACACUGCAUACUCAUGAAUAAUGUUCAUGAAAUAUGUUCAAGCAUGCACAAUUUAAGCCACAUAAAUAAUGUUUGUAUAAACCAAACUAUUUGUAAAUCCGUCAAGAUUUCAGCAAGAUAAGAGUAUUUGUGUUCGUGCAGAUCACUUACCUUACAUCAGGUACCAGGGCCCGCCGGGAAGCUUGUAUGUGACAAGAUGGCCAUCGGUGAUGAUGUUAGAGACUCCGCCGUAAGACAUCUAGCCUUUAUUAUGUAUAUCUAUGGUCUCUACAACAGAAUUGUGCACGUAAAAUGCAUUGGCUAAGCCAGUGGUUCUCGAACUUUUCUGCGUGCCCCCCCACCCUUGUGUAGGUUGCAAACUUAGAAUUUGAAUUAAACAAAGCAUAUUAAAUUAUACAAUGUGCUGUUGAUUAGUAGCCUUAUUUUAUUUAUAAUGUGUAAGCCUUUGCAUUCUGUGUUCAUUAACUUGAUAUUGAACUUCCAAAGCUUAACCUGUAGUUUUGGUUAAGAAAAAAAUAUUUUUUUUUUCAGUAUGGCCGCCAUCUUUAAAAGCCAUAUUGGCGCACCAAACAGGAUGUGGUUAUUAGAUCCAGUACUUGUUUCUUUAGUGGCUGAUGAAGUGUUUAGGCCCUUGAGUGUAGUGAUGUGGGACUUGUGCUAUGUAUUCUGACACUUUAAUGGCUCAGCUCACUUCUCCUGGUUGUUAAAGCAUUUUGUGUUUUUGGACCUGUGUCUCAAAUCUGCAUCUCCAGAUUUCACUCAGUCCUUACAUCCGUUUGAAUUUUUUCCUGUCCCGCACUGUGUAGCUGUAAGCUGACCUGAAACUAUAUGUGACCCAGUCUUUAGAAACCCAGCAAUCUACAUAAAAUCACCUCACAUAAAGAACAUUGUGUGAAAAUAUUACCUUGAUAUCUUCAAUAUUGACUGAGUAAGGUCAUGUCAAGAUUGAAAUCAUUGAUUGAAAUCACACUUUGAUCCUCUUCAUCUCAUUGUUGGAUUAUGAGACUUUAGCCUAGAUUUCACAGACAAGGUCACAUAUGCUUUAGCCUUCAAACAAAGCAGAGAGAUCAUAUAACUAUGCAAAUUCACUCAUUAAAUACAAAUGAUUUGCUUGGUCAACUUUUAAGCAGCAUUAGUAUUAUUAGUGUGCAAUAUUUCACAUGAAACAUAAAUGCCGUUUCAUAUUUUACACACGUACACUGCAAAGAACAAAAUAGAAGAUGGAAAUUGUUGUCUUUGUCAACAGAGAUUUAAUAUAUUUUGUCAAAUAUUUUAUUGUAUUUUGGCUUAAACACUGUAGAUCAAAUGGUACAUCAAAAAAGUAUAUUAGCUUUGUAUUUUAAGACAUUAAAUGCAGCAGAAGUCACCUUUUAAAAGUCAUUAUUACACAAUUAAAUUUUUAAAAGCAAAGUUGUGCCUUAAAGAGUUCAAAUGCUAGUGUAGGUAUGACUAUACGGUAGCUCUUUUCCAAAACCUUGCGGUCCAGCUUGUCAUCUACUGCCUAAAUGUGAAGCCACCUUAUCCACCUUAUUUUCGAACAUUUUGAAAAAAAAUGUGCGUAUUUUUAACCUUUUCAGGCGAUGGUUCAAAAUGUCACAACUGUCCCUCUGGUUUGAGUUUAUUUUUUAAAAAGCAAUUUUUAAUGGACUUGUUUGAGUUUUUAUGACGACACAUUGAGCUUCACAUGGUCCGACGGUCAGCAGCAUCUUCUUUACAAGUUAUUUGAACAAACCAUAAUAAACAUAUUAAACUACUACAUGUAUUCAGUAUUGUUUUCGUUUUAUGAAAAUAUUAUUGCAUCGCUUCUUACGCACUAGAGCUUAUGAAAUUAUUUGCUUAUUUUAAAAUUAUUUGCUUUUAAAAUAAUUAUUAAUUGCUUGUUUGCUUU